CUUAGUUCCUCGGGACGAAAGGAAUGGAGUGGGACAUUGGAGGGAUUCAGGCCUUUGAAAGUGGCGGAAGAAAGGUGUUUUGGAGCUCUCCUAUCCUUAGGCGCCUGCCGGUGAGGGACACGGGCUUGAAUCAAGGGAGCAGCCCUUGGAUGGGCUUUCACUAAGACUUGGGCGGAGUUUGGCUUUAAGUUGGGGACGGCCUCCCCCAUCUCUUUCGCCUUUUGCCUGGUCAACUCUAAAUCAUUGUCAUCCAUUAGGGGGACAGUCGACAUUACAUUAAUCUUUUGUAAACUUAAGGGCAGUAUCUUGAGAAAGUCUUGGUAUUUUCGUUCAUUUGUAACGUAUAAGCUAUGUAGAAAAUUGUACUAAACGGGUAGCUUCUAGAUGAGUUUCUGGUAAACUCCAGAUAUGUUAGGUGUUCUGGAGCCAUCACUGUUUUCUCCUCUGAAGGAGAUAAAAUGCCGUUUCUCUUUGGGAGAUGCUCCUGUCUGCCUUUUUUCUUUCUUUUUUUUCAGUAAUGAAUACACGAGAUAGUAAAUUAAAACUUAGCAAGUUGCAGGAAAGUGACAAGCCCUGUAAUUUCACGUACUUGGGUGUAAUUUUCUUUAUCUUAAAAAGGGAGGUCUGUUGCUAAGCCCAGGAUGAUAGGCAGUUUCUAUGCUUAGUUCUCAGUGUGUUGUCUCCUUUGAAAAUGGAAAUUGAAAUUAGCCUGCCUCCCUCCUCAACUUUCCCUUUUCAGUUUGACAAACAGUGAAGCAUCCAACAUGGAUUGAAUACUAUCCUAGUGCAGUGGAGGAACCACAAGCAUUAUAAGGCAUGGCCCCUCUCCAACAAGUUCACAAUCAAUUCAAUAAAUAUUUAUUGAGCACUUAUGCCAGACUUUGAACUGAGGCUGGGGCUACAGAAUUGAAAAUUGUUCUCUGACCUCAAGGAAUGCAAGUGAAUAAUUAGAAUACAACAAAUGAACAUAAGUAUAUACAAAAUGUAAAGGUCCAGGACAGGCCUAUCAAAUAACUAUGCCCAUGUACUUCAAGAAAGACUGGUAAAUGCUUUAAUAAACAGAUAUAAUGCCGUGGGAAAUACAAGAGAGAAAGAUGUCAGACAUCAUACGAUAAGGAUAAUCAACAAAUGUUUACUUUUGAGAGCUAAAAGGGAACUUCAAAUCACAGACUUUCGUGUUAAGUACUAUGCUAGGUGCUAUGUACAGAAAAAUAGAAGUAAGGUAGUCAUAUUUUUUUUCUAAAAAUAGGUAUACAUAGGCAAAUAAGAAUGUACCUAAGAGUUCAGUGAGUCAGAACAUUUUUCAGAUUUUCUUUGAUAAUAUAGACAGAUUGUAUUAUCUUUUUAGAUCUAAUUUUUAAUUCCUGCUGUUUUUGAAUAAGCCUAAAUUUCAGCUGAAAAGACAAUGCAGCAAAAUGUGAAAAAUGAUAUAUAUAUAUACAUAUGUCACAAUGUAAACCAUAAUUAAUUUUCAGAUGACUUGUAGAAAUAAAGUGUUUGGGGGAAGACACAAGUCGCUGUGACAAGGAAUAGACCAGAAAGAAUUUAUGGAGAGUCAGGGACUUAACCUGUGAAGGAAAAAUAAUUAACAUUUACUGAGAACUUACCAUAUAUCAAGCAUUGUGUCAGGCUCUUUACAUCUAACUUGCAUUUGUUCUUUAUAAUCUUUGUAACCCUGAGAGAUAGAAUUGUGUCUUCUGUCUCUAUUUUACAGAUGAGGAAAUCGACAUAGACAAAGGUUAAGUUACUUGCUCUUGGUAUACACACCUAGGAAUUUAGAUUUAAACCUAGGCCUUUCAGGGUCCAAAACCCAUGCUCUUAACCAUGAAAGAUGUAAACAAAGGCACAGAGAUGAAAUGCCAGGCAUCCUCAGUGGCUUAAAUACGACCUCACAGUAAACUCAGACCAAACCAGGGAUGACACAUAAAAAGUUGGUAGUCUUCACUUGUGUUGCUGUCAGCCUGUCCUACAAAUAAAUGCAGAGUACCUGCAAAUUCCUAUCCUGAAGGGUUCAAUUGUAAAUGGUCCCAUAAUGGAUUAGGGUGAAGGAUGAUUGGCAGCAUAAGACAGCCAAGCGGAGGUGUGGGCAAUAAAAUAAGAACAGAAUUUCAGAGCGAAAGUUUAGAGCACAGAAAUGCUGUAUGUGCUGAUAGAGGCAGAGCGGGCCCAGAUCCAGAAACUACAGAAAGAGAAUGAAGUAAUAAAACUAGAGCCUAGAAAUAUCUCAGAAGAUGAAGGAAGCUGGGGAACUGAACAAUCUGACACAGAUGUGCUCAGGCAAUACCUCACCAAGAAGUCUGUCUCUUCCCUCUCUCAGUACCCAAUACAAGAUUCAGAAUGGUUCAAGUUGAGUCCGCAAGAGAAAUUGGCCUGGGCUAUAGCCUCUAAAGACUCUAGGAUUGCUGCAGGCCAAGAGUCCCCACUGGAGAAAAAGAUUUUGAAUCUAGGUGGCGUGCACACAACAGCAGCAAGAAGACUGAUAGCUCAGAAAUAUCAAGAGGAGUAUGAAACGCUCUGUAGGGAGCAGUCUCUUUCUCUUGAUUACUGGCUUGCCAAAGCAGAGUCUUAUUAUAAUAAAAGAAUAGUGGAAAUGAUGAAAGAACAGAAAUCAGGCAGUGAAAUUAAGGAGAAGAUAGAGGAGAAAAAAACCCAAGGCAUAGAGAGACAAAAACUUUACUACUUAGUACCUGAGAGAGAGCUGAAACACAUAGAGAGGCACAUACAUCGAACAGGCCAGGCCAGAGAAUUUAUGAAUAAAACAUUUAAACAACCACGAUUCCCCAGUGAAAUAACACUACCGAAAAUUGUGACAGAAGAGCAUGGCAUCCAGAAAGCACAGAGAAGAAAGCAGGUAACAGAGAGGGAACAGAUGCAAAUUAAAGAUCACCAGGAACGUAUGAUUCGAGGACGAGAACUUAUAGAGCAAAGACUCAAGGAAAGGCUCUUGGAGAAAAAACAGAGCCUGCCAUCUGUACGUAUGAAGCAUGAGAAAGUAAAGAAAGAGGAGAAGGAGCUUGAGAGGGUUAUUGCAUAUCCUCUUUUCCAGCCACACCAUAGAAGUCGGAUUAAAGUGAAUAUUCUUAUGGAAAAGCCUCAGAAUAGAGACGAAGAAUAUACAGUGAUAAAACCAUAUCCAAAAAAAUUCUUGACUAUGCCACCCUUUUUGAGAAGUCAAAUAGGAAAAAUAAAAGAUUAGUAAAGUUUCAGUGCUUUUACAAU